AAUACCUACAAUUCUUCAUCCGCUCGUCAACAUUUCACUACUAUUUUUUUAUACAUUACCGAGAUGACAGUUUAUCAACCGGUGUACGCAUGCUUAGAGCUGUGGAGGAGCGCACCACAUGCACAUGUACACAUUGUACUCUCGAUAAAAGCAUCUGGGAACGACCGCGCAUCGCUUUGCAUUUGUGUCUGUUCAUGAAUCUUUACCGAGCUUCAAACUGUAGAGAAAAGUGGAGAGGAUCUGUGUGAAGACGUUUUCCAAGUUGGUAAGAUGACUGCCAUGACAAUUCAAUGAGAGGAGAGGACGCCAAGUGAAGUAUCCCCUGCUCGCUGAAAAGGAGAGAGGGAGUGCUCAAGGUAAAGAGAGGAGAGGGAGAAGUAGAAGAAGAGGAGGAGGAGGAGGAGGAGAAAGAAGAGGAAGAAAGAAGGGAUAAGAAGAGAGGGAGAGGCAGAGGAGCGAGGGAAGGGUAAGGGGCGAGAAAGCGAAGGAUAAACGGUGGAUGGAGGCAGCUCGGACCGGGGCUACGGAGAGCUCUUCACCGACGAAGAAGAAGAAGAACAGCAGCAGCGGGGGGGAGAGGAGAUGGAGGCAAAAGGCAGAAACAUGCCCCCAGAUAUUAGUUUCCUUCCCCGCCCAGCGAUGGUGUGGUGUGAGCGGGGCAUCCAGGUGCUGCUGACCACCAUGGGGGCAUUUGCAGCCUUUGCCCUGAUGACAGUGGCGAUUGGUACAGACUACUGGCUGUACGCCCGGGCCUUUAUCUGCAACAGCACGGCCAACUCAUCCCAGGAGGACUCCAACAACAAGGACAAGAAAGACCCUGGGGCUCUCACCCACUCCGGCCUGUGGAGGAUCUGCUGCCUGGAAGGCUUGAAGCGAGGUGUGUGUUCCCAGAUCAAUCAUUUCCCGGAGGACGCAGACUACGACCAAGAUGCUGCAGAGUAUUUGCUGCGUGUGGUGCGAGCCUCCAGCAUUUUCCCCAUCCUCAGUGCCAUACUGCUCCUGCUGGGUGGAGUGUGUGUUGCUUCUAGCAGCUUCUACAAAAGCAAAAGGAACAUUAUACUAGGUGGAGGCAUUCUCUUUGUAGCUGCAGGCCUCAGCAACAUCAUUGGAGUGAUCGUGUACAUCUCUGCAGCGCUGAGUGACAUCUCCCCAAAGAAGGAUGAGGAUAAGAAGUGGCAUUACUCUUAUGGCUGGUCUUUCUACUUCGGCGGCCUGUCCUUCAUCCUGGCUGAGAUGGUAGGUGUCCUCGCCGUCAACAUCUACAUUGAGAAGAACAAGGAGCUGCGCUGCCGCUCUCGCACUGACCUCUUCAAGAGCACCACACACGCCAUGCUGCGGCUGCCCAGCUACCGUUUCAGGCGGCGCUCUCGCUCCAGCUCACGCUCCACUGACCCACCACGCUCACAGGAGACCUCGCCCAUCGGAGCCUCCAAAACCUUCAGCCUGCCGCCCUCUGCCCCACCGUUCUCUGUGGCCACUCUGCCCAACCCACACCACACCAGCAGCGGUGGAAGCGGGGGAGGCGGCGACAUCUCCAUGUACACCCUGUCGAGGGACUCCAAGCUGGGCAGCCUGGGAGGUGGCGCCCCACCUCUCUACGGCACGGUGGACCGCGCCACCCUCUACCAGCUCCACAACUACUUUCCAAAAGAUUCCAGUGGAAGCGGCGGAGGAGGAGGAGCGGUGAUAAGCAGCGGUACGCUCCCAUCUCACUCCAAGUCCAACUUGGCAGCAGCGGCAGCUGUAGCCCAGAAUGCAGCACCGCUGAAUACCUCCACAUCAGCUGCCCCGCCAGCCCAGCCAGCCCCAAUAUCUACAGCCACCAUGGAGAGGGACAGGGGCAACGUGGGAACCCUGGACCGACUGACAGCCAAAAGGGACAGGGAUAGCAACUCAGAUACACUUAACAGGAAAACUACGCCAGUUUAAAAGUAACCCUCAGAGAGGAGGGACAGAGGGUAAAGGGAGCACUGAAAUAAAAGAAGAGACGUGGUAUUGAAUUUAUGUUCGAGAUAUCAGAGUUGAAAGAGAGGAAGAGUAGGGCGGAAAAUGUGUAGGUGACACAUCAGUGGUAAUGUUUCUGUCCUUGAGCCUGAGGUAUAGCUGCCAUAAUUACUUACCAAGAUCAUAAACAGCCAUAAAACAUCUGACAUUAUUUGCACGUUCAUGACAUCUGCCUUAAAAAUGGUCAUGACUUUUACUCUGAGAGCUUGUCUGUUAAUUGUACAGCACUGGUAGAAUGGAGGCUUCAGGGGAUUUGUUGUUUAAUUUCAGUGUUACUCUAUUUCAUGUGUUAGACAGAAACAUACACGCACACACUUGGGAGCUGCCCACUGAAACCAGUCUCCCAGUGCAGCAGUUUUAAGUGCCUUGCUGGGGAGGCAGGGGAGCUCAUUAGUUAUUUAGUGUCCCCAUCUUGGUUUAGUCAGCUGCUACUAGGACUCAAACCUUCAGCUUCUCUCUAACAAAAAAAAGUCUUAACUCAUCUAGACAUCUAGUUUGAAUUUAGACACUGAGGCAUUGUUCACCUGCAAACCAGCUACUCUAAACCAUACAGUACUUCAUGACACCACAGCAUGAUACGUAAAACUCUAAAAAGUGGCCAGAUGGUAUAAGCCACACUUCUGUUACAUUUCUGUUUUAAAAGGAACAGAAAGCCACAGACGGGUACAUUCAGCCAAGUAACAAGCUGCUCAGUGAUGAGUUGACUGCCAAUUCAAGGUCAACAGUAGCUACUUAACCUCUGGUCCCAAAAGAGUGACCUCAGUCAUACCUAUCCCUACUGACACACACACGCCACACGCCAGUGGAGGCUGACACACUGUGAGCCUAUUUAUUUUUCAUUGUGUGUCAAAGGUAAUUACAGUGACAGAUGGGCAUUCUCCACAGUCCUAGAGAAAGGAACAGCCAUAGACUCUUAAGCUUCACCCUGAACGCCUCCAUCACACCACUGCCAGUUGUCACAGUUUGGUUAAACACUGCAACAAAUGUCCAUCUGAACAAGUAACUUUAUCUGAUGUUAAAGUCCCAGAAUCUUUCUGUAAAUGUGUGAAAUAUUUGCUGAAGAGUGGCCAAGUGGACGUAGACUGUUCCUCUUGUUUCAACAUGACGCUUGUUUUUGUUGCCUUAACAAUAAGAGUUCCAUUAGAAAAUGUUCAGCAUUUCAAUAUGCAGAGCAAAUGUAUUUGCAGAUGUAUCACCAGACAAGAGCGUCAGUAUUCUGCAAAACCACUGAUUAUAUUCAGUCACCUUUUUUAAGUCCAGUGCCAGUGUUAACAUUGUCACUUGCUCACUCUGUGCACAUAGCAACGAUGCUAUGGUUAGCAUAGUGGUUAAGGUAAGGUUACUAAAUCACGUUAAGAGAAAGAUCCAAACCAUAAUCUUUUCCUUUUUCAAUUAAUCUCUGGUACUGCUCCACCACACUUGAUCACUGUGUGUCAUUAGACACUAGAAAUGUUGCUAAAUGCACCUUCAAUGAUGGAGGCGUUUGUAAAGAUGGACAUUUUUGCACACUGUGAUGUUUAACUGCCUAUAAUUGAUUUCAGGGUUUGUAUGACUGUUUAUGGUGAUGGUUAAAUACUGACGGCUACAAGGCAGCUUCCAUUGAGUGUUCCUGCAAAGGGCUGCAACCACAGGCAACAGGGUGGGGGUCAAUUCAGUUUACACUCAGGGGGUGGAAAUUUAGUUAGAACAUAGAUUUAAAAGCUAAAAAUGAAUCUCAUGUGUUACUCCAAUAUGAAAAUAUCAACCAUUUUAUCAAGCCAAGUUACAUCACUUAUUCUUAAAAAGAACACAAAAUAAAGCACAUUAUAGAUUCUUAAAUAAGUUAUAAAUUAUCUUAAAGAAUUUCUAACAAACCAAUCAGACUUUGAGCAUGAUGUAUUUUUGAGAAUGCUUGUGAAAUGUCACAUAUUUCAAAGGGGGAAAAGAAUCUGCAGUGGAUGUGCUGUGUCACAUUUUGGACUGAAACCUCACGUGUUCUAAAUCUGAUCAUUGGACUAAUGUGUUGAACUUUAAAUGCACUUCUGAAUCAGCUGCGUUUGAAAAUGAAUUCAACCCGACCCUGGUUGACGACAAGUUGGAGGAGGAGGGAAAAUGAAAAGAGCACAACAGCCUUCUGUUCCCCUUCCCUCCGUCUCUCUUUUAGCUAUAACUAUAUACUAUUUCACAAACUAGAAUAAUAAAUGUAUUACUGAGUAUAUUAUCAAUCCAUUCACUUCAACAAAAGCACAUAAUGUCUGUAAAUGGUAAUCUUUGGGUUGUCUUUUCAUUCUGAGUGAUUAUCAUCUCUAGGUUACACGAGAUUGUAACUCCUUGAGUAUUAAUAUCAUGUUGCUGGUGUUUCUAUGAUCGUAAUGGUUAUUGCAGGGUAUUUAUACAUUUUGAAAUCUUUUUUUUUGUAAUUUUUUUAUAUUCCUUUCAAGAAGUUUUUGAUUUCUUUUCUCCUGCUUAUGUACACUAAAGUCAGUGGUGUCAUGUGGAACAGCAUGUGCACAAAAGUGAGAGGGUAAUGUGUAAAUUCAUAUCUAGAUCAUCACCAUCUUCAUUGUUUUCUUACUUUUAUUUAUCAGGGGGAGUUGACUGAGCGUGCAUGCAACGCCCUGUUUAACCUUCACACACGCUGACGCUGGCAGCAGCCCAGUAAAACCAGUCUGCUGCCAGUCAACCGAGCAACUUCCCUGGGACAGUUGGGGCAUUAAGAGCAAGGCACGAUGAUCAUUGCUCAAGGAGGAGAGAUUGUUACUCAUUUCAUUUCCUCCAUCAAGGUUGUUCCAGUCUUUAUGGACAUCCUUCUGGUUCAUUUUUACAAUGAAUUUCACUGUGUACAUUAUUUUUACUGUAAUUUUUGAGCUGUUUUUUAAUGUAAUCGUUGUCUUCUUUUUUACUAAUCUUAUUUCUUGUCCUGCUGUUCAUUAUCUAUGUAAUCUUCUCUAUUUUAUGUGUAAUUGCUCUUUUAUUUAGUCUUUUCUCCUCAUUUUUGAUAAUAUAUCUCCACUGUUCACUUUGUCUUAAUUUUCUUGAAGGCUUUUUUUUCCCCUAAACAUUACCAACGUAGCCUAAUAAUCUGUGUUUUUUAAUGUUCUGACUAGUGUAUAACUGUAGGCGAUAGAAUUUAUAUUAAUCUAUUUAUUUUCGUGGUGGUAUGUAUAGAUAUUCUUAAUGUUAUAUUGUUUCAGAGUUCCUACACCUGUAUCUUUGGGCUAUAAAGGCUUCACGCCUGCCUGUGAAACAAGGUCAGUAGCCUAAGUGCUGGGAAUGUGAGCUAAAUGUAGUCUGUUGUCAGUACAACAAAACACAUUCGCCUCAUGCUUCUGAAAAUGUGAGAAUUGUUUCAAAAUUACUAAAUAAAUGCUGGCACUGUGUCCUAAACUUGCAAAGUGUUUGUAAGAACUUGGUCAAAAGUGGACAUCCUGUUCCUUUGUUUCAGUUCAUAUCCUAAUGUGAAACCAUUUUAAAGCCAGCGUGAGUCACCGGCUCCUGUUCCCAACACUAAGGCUACUGACAAAUCAAACCUGAUACUCUUCAAAUGGAAAACUGGUAAAACUGGUACAUUUCCUCUCAGCAGACUGACACAUGUUAAGGACAAUAAGGAGAAGGGGAAGCAAUGCAAUAUACUGAUCCACACUGGAAAAGACAAAAAAUAUAAGGUAUAUACAGUAUACAUAUAUAUAUAUAAAUAUAUAGAUAUAUUCAAUAAAGUUCUAUAUGAAAAUUA